UUGGAAGUACUGUACAGUUAUGGUAAGAAAUGUUAUUUUACUAAGAACAUGAUGAAAUGUUUAUUAUCAUGUAUCCUGUGGUGUGAGGUCAAGGCAGUAGUUUGUUAAAGGGAUUGGGUUGCAGAGACCGGAGAAGGAAGGACCGCUCGAAGCUUCACUCCCCCUUUUCUUUUCUGUGCACAUCUGUUGCUGAGGAGAUGGAAGUCUUGAUUCCAGACUUCACUGCUUCACAGCAUGGCAAGCUGCAUCUCUGGAGCUCACCGCUGAGACUUUGAAAGGCGAUAUUUCCCAAACUGGACAUGUUCUCUUAAUGUUUUAUGUUUUUGUUUUAAACUCCAAGGGAUGUCCAGGCGUUGGUGCAGGCGGGUCCUGCUUGGCGUGGAAGUUGGCAUGGUGGUGGCUGCGGUGGUGCUUGUGGUCGGUGCUGCAGGACAGGACCAGGGCAGGAGAGAAGCCGGGUCGUCUUGCUAUGGGGGAUUUGACCUUUUCUUUGUGUUGGACAAAUCUGGCAGUGUGCAACAUUACUGGAAUGAAAUCUAUUAUUUUGUGGAACUCCUGGCUCAAAGGUUUAUCAGUCCUCAGCUGAGGAUGUCUUUCAUCGUCUUUUCAACACAAGGACGAAUAGUGAUGCCGCUGACAGAAGACAGAGAGCGAAUACGAGCCGGGUUGGACGAGCUGCGAAUGGUCCAGCCAGGUGGCGACACCUUCAUGCACAAAGGCUUGGAAGAAGCCAGUCAGCAAAUUUACUAUGCGACGGGCGAUGGCUACCGGACUGCCAGCGUCAUCAUCGCCUUGACAGAUGGAGAACUGAGAGAAAAUCAAUUUGAUAAGGCUCAAAGUGAGGCCGGCCGAGCGCGACAGUUGGGGGCCACCGUCUACUGUGUGGGAGUGAAAGACUUCAAUGAAACCCAGCUGUCAACCAUCGCAGACAGCCAGGACCACGUCUUCCCCGUGACGGAGGGAUUUCACACCCUGCAAGGGGUCAUUGACUCGAUUCUGAAGAGGUCAUGCAUUGAGAUUCUGGCCGUCGAGCCGUCUAGCAUCUGUGCAGGAGAAUCAUUCCAGGUGGUAAUCAGAGGAAAUGGUUUCUUGCACGCUGGCGAUGUGCAGAAAGUCCUCUGCAGCUUCCGCAUCAACGACACAGUGACUUUUAUGAAAAGGCCUUUGGUGGUGAGAGACACCUACCUUCUGUGCCCGGCUCCCGUUUUGGAAAAGGAGGGAAUGGCCGCCACGCUCCACGUCAGCAUGAACAACGGCCUGAGUUUCAUAUCCAGCUCCGUCACCAUCACCGCUGUCACUUGUUCUGAUGGGACCUUUGUGGCGAUUGCUCUGCUCAUCCUGCUGCUCCUGCUCAUCUUUGCUCUGCUGUGGUGGUUCUGGCCUCUCUGCUGCACCGUGGUCAUCCAUGAGCCACCACCACCACCACCGAUAGAGGACGACUUCUCAGACGACGAGGAUGAUUUUCACAAGAAGAGAUGGCCCACGGUGGACGCCUCGUAUUACGGAGGCCGCGGCGUUGGAGGCAUCAAAAGAAUGGAGGUGCGCUGGGGUGACAAAGGCUCCACCGAGGAAGGAGCCAAGCUGGAAAAAGCAAAGAACGCUCGGGUUGUGAUGCCCGAAGACGAACCCGAUCUGCCGCCUUCAUCGCGGCUGCACUACAACGUGCGAAAACCCGCCCACCCUCACAAGUGGUACUCCCCCAUCAAGGGCAAACUGGACGCUCUGUGGGUCUUCCUGAGACGAGGCUAUGACCGAGUGUCAAUCAUGCGACCUCAUCCUGGAGACAAGGGAAAGUGCAUCAACUUCACCCGGACUAAGGCCUACCCGGCCCCUCGCUACCCCAUCUACAAGCACCCCUCCACGCCCAUCUACACCCUGCCCCACGGCGGGCAGUGCCCCACCUCGGACGACGCCUUCCCCUUGCCGCCGUCGCCCACCUCCACGCUGCCUCCGUUGCCGCACGAGCCCCCGCCGCCCCUCAACAACGCCAGGCGCCUCUCCGCUCCCCCGUCGCCCACCGGCUCCCUGCCGCCCCCGCCUCAGGGCCCGCCUCCUUGCAGAGCCCCGCCUCCGUCCCGCCCACCGCCACGCCCCAAUCAGGACGACUACUGAUGCUAAAGAACUCCUGAACAGUUAAGUUGGAUUCUUUUUUUUUUUGUUUGUUUGUUUUAAAUAGGGGCUGAUGUGCAAUGAACUUCCUUCCAAAACUUCGCUGUCCAAUGAAAAGCAACUAAUAGCAGGUCCAAUCAGAAUUAAAGCUGCAAGCAGCGUUGGUCGGGCCCGCGUAUUUGGCAGGUGCUAGUCCUAAAUGUCCCAAUACUUUUGUCCAGUUUUAGUCCCAAGUGUCCCAAUACUUUUGGCAAGUUGUAGUCCCAAGUGUCCCAAUACUUUUGUCCAGUUUUCGGCCUAAGUGUCCCAAUACUUUUGUCCAGUUUUCGGCCUAAGUGUCCCAAUACUUUUGUCCGGUGGUAGUCAUAAGUGUCCCAAUACUUUUGUCCAGUGGUAGUCAUAAGUGUCCCAAUACUUUUGGCAAGUUGUAGUCCCAAGUGUCCCAAUACUUUUGGCAAGUUGUAGUCCCAAGUGUCCCAAUACUUUUGGCAAGUUGUAGUCCCAAGUGUCCCAAUACUUUUGUCCAGUUUUCGGCCUAAGUGUCCCAAUACUUUUGUCCAGUUUUCGGCCUAAGUGUCCCAAUACUUUUGUCCGGUGGUAGUCAUAAGUGUCCGAAUACUUUUGUCUAGUGUACCUACCUUGUCUGCAUUGUGUAGGCACGCUGGUGCUUCCUGCUUUUAAGCAGCCAUCUUUAAAAAACAGCAGCAGCAUCAGCGCAGCGGGUCUUUGAAGGGUCAUAAAAUCAAAACCGGAGCAGGUAUUAAAACGCUGUUCUGUUAUUUUAUACACAAGGGUUUAAUCUCUCACCUGUGUUAGUUUGAAGCCGAAACGACAAACGCACUCAGAGGAGAUAGAUUUUGAAGAAAGGUGACCGUUUUUUACAAACAUUUUGUUUUGAAGGGGGAAUAGCAAACUUCCUGUUGAUUUUUGCUGGGGGUUGUCAAUUUAUGAAAUGUAGGCCUAAGUGAGACCUACAUAGAGAUUUUUGUUUCAUGUCUCUCCGGCCAGGCAGUUUUGUCAGUUUUUUCAU